UCAAAAUUGCAAAUUGACCAGCCCCUCCCCCUAGAGUUGCAGCUAUAACAGCAUCUUGUUGUUCUCCCAACGGCCCACCACCAGCCAGUUAGCUACAUGCAAUAUGGCAGCCUCUACACCAAACAAGAAACCAGGACUCAGCCUGAUUAAAGAUGAAUUCUGGUAUGUUGGUGCUAUUAGUGAGAGGAAAGCAGAGCAAGUACUGGCAAAACUUGGAGACAAAGGAUCUUUUCUCAUCCGUGACAGUCUAUUGCCGGAUGCAGACUAUAUUCUAUCAGUAAAAGGUAGCGAGGAUAUUGAUCACUAUCAGGUUGUUGUGGCACCCAACAAUGAGUGUGUCCUCAAUGGAUACACAUUCGCCACUUUACCAAUUGCCAUUGAAUUUUACACUGAGAACAGAAUUGGCAAAGUAUUCCUUAACACACCUGAAGAGCCAGUGGUACCAGAAGCAGUUGCCCCCAAAGCAGUAGGACCAAAGAUUAAAUAUGCUCCUGCUCAUCACUCGCCACAGCUACCUAAAGCAGUAAAAACAGAACCAGAAGAUCCUGUCGUACCUGAAACUCCAAAUGCUCUCCUACAAGUUGCGGAUUCCAAUUUUCAAGAUAAGAAGAAUACAGAAUCGCAUGAGCAAAGCGCUCCAACUCACACUGCUACAACUGAGUCUUCAGGUAGCAAUCAAACAGAAGGUGUCACCACUGGAGCAGAAUUAUCAACUUUAGUCGUUGAUUCAAACCCUCAAACUGUCCUAACUGCAUGGCAGGAACAAAACUCUUCAACCAAACCAACAGAAGAAAAUUCACCUUCGGAAGAAGAGCCUCAGCUUUUUGUCACAGAAAUCACUGAGGGCAUAGACCAUCAACCAACUGAUCAUGUGUGUUCGACUCAGGCAAAGGAGACUUCUAUCCUCAAAGAUGGAGAGACAAUGGUUCUUCCAGUCAAGAAUUUGGAACAAGUUUCAGUUAAUGCUAAAGAAGAUCUAGAAUUGAAACAAUCAAACCAAUCUCAAUCUGAAAAUGUGGACGGUUCUUUCAAUAAUUCACCUAAGCAGAAAGAAAGUACUACUCCCAACAUAAAUUCUCACACGCAACCUUUGAAACCCCCUAAGGAUUUGAAGGUUGAGCAACAAAAUGAACUGAAGAAUCUUCCCUCUAUCGAAGACAAGAAAAAAGCCUUGAAAGAAAGACUCAGGGGAGAAGUUGAGAAAGAAGAAACGAAAAAGAGGGUCCCUCCACCAGUUCCAAAGCGUACAUCGACUGUUACAGAUCUUUUCAAGGCUCAUUUAGUGGAAACAAAAGAAGAGGAACCGAAUCCCGAAUCAUCAGUUGUUAAAUCUAGCAUGAAGGUGUCACCACUCCCUGCUCCAAAGAAACUCUCCAUUCCUCUGAACUUUCAACAAAACAGCGAAGAAGAUUCUGACAAGAUUCAACAGAAGGCUACGUCACCAACUGAAGCUCCCAAACGACUUGUAAUUCCCCAGUCCCUGCAGUUGCAGCCUCCCCCACCCCCGUUGUCAACCCAUCCUGGACUGGCCAAGAAGGAAGAAGAUCGACAGCAGCAACUGUUGCAAGUUGAAACAGAAAGAUCUCAACCACAAAAGUCCAAAAAGCGACAAAGCUUCUUCAGAAAGAAAGGAAAGGACUCAGACAAAGAGAAGUCAGGGGUUAAACGCAAGCCAAGCUUUAAGGCUGAUGAGCCCAUCACAUUAGAUGAUGCUGAGAAACAAAAGCAGCAACGACAAGAGCAAGAGGAAGCACCUGUAAACCCUAGUCCUCCUCAUCGUACUAAGAAAGUGAUUGGUGUUCCAACUCUAGGUAUAACUCCAGUUCAAUUAGACGCCAGUGGAGGAGGUGGUGAACUCGAAUCUAUCUUCAAGACAAUUACAAAACACGAAUGGCACCCAGAAGAUAGUGAAAUGAAGGAAGAUAUCUGUAGUUCCACAUUUGGUCAGUCAUCUGUGAAAGUUGUUAAGCCACCAAAAGUAAACAAGCCAGAGAAAUAUGAAGAACAACAAAAAUUGGAAAAGGAAGACACACCCAAACAAAAGCCCGGACAUAUGAAGGACAACAUUGGAGAUAUAUCUGGAGUGAGUACUUUCAACCCGAAGGUAUUUAGCACCCCUCCAGAAAUUCAAGAGACGAACUUUACAUUUACAACUCCAAUUAGUACGGAUAUUUUCUUGAACACUUCUUUUCUGAAAGAAAGUGGCAAUUCUCAGGGUACUUCAACAUCAAGCUCUCCGAGAACCCCAAGCUCCUCACGUCACGACACGAACAAUUCUUCCCCUUCUAGCAUCGGUGUCACUAAUACCAGCUCACAAAGCCCCUCUGUAAACACUUCAAUAUCUUUACCUUCUACACCAAAGACACCCAACUCGAGAUCUUCACAGUCCACCACAUCACACAACACACCCGAUUAUGAACACACUGCCAUCCCAUCCACUAGCAUACCUCAAAAGUUACGUUCCCAGGAAAAUGACAGUCCACCAAAGAUUUUGUCGAAUAGUCGAACUAGUGGAUCGCUUCCUUUAGGCUUUGUUGUUACAUCUACUGGUAACCCCACUCAAAGUGUAAAUCCAUUCGGCCGCCAGCACCGAUCACUCGUUGAUGUGGUUCCUGGGAUACCAAGCGUAUCCAGAACUUUACCACGUGGUACGUCGUUGGACCAAAUUCAUGAAGACGUUGAUUCUCCACCAGUUGGCAUACACUUAUCUCGUAGCCAUACUAUUUCCAGCAAGCAACGAGAAGUCAAGAAAAGCUCGACCGGAGCCGGACCAAUGAACUCAAAGCGAUUGGGAAACAAAAAGAGGGGCAGUGUCUUUAAGAAAAAUAAGUAGACUUGGUUCUGUAUGUAGAUCUAUGGUGCCCCAUGCAAUAGCUUUUUACAUGUUGAUUGCAUACACUUUUAUCAAACACUUUUUUACACCGUGAAAGUAAACUUUUGUACGCAUAUAAUUAUAAAUGUUAAACACUCGUGGAUACAAAA